AUGCCGAGCCCACCACAUGCUCCAGACGCUCACCCGGACGGCCACGGGCUCGACUGGUCUUCGCAUGCGGCCCGGGAGAUCAGCCAACUGACGCAUCGCCGGAUAGACCCUGGAGGCUUGGGCUCGGCCAGCAUCUACCAGCUUGAACCCCGUCUCGACCCAGAGCCCGCCGCCUCGUCCAACCUGGACAUGGUCCCGGCGUGGCCCUCGAGGCUCCACGACUACGACUUUCGCCAGAGGGCAUUCCGGCACUUUGCUGAUCGCAUAAACCGCUUCGAGUGCCUCAUCGACGGCGAGUAUCUGUCGGGGCUCUCGUGUUCCCUCGACCAGCCUUACCACAGCCUGCUACUCUUGGUUGCCAUCAUCAGCGCCUCGACCAUCAUCACGCGGGAGCAUCGCAUCGGGGAUGAGCUGGUGCAGUGCGCCGAGAGAAUGGUAACCAGAGCCUGCACGACGCCGACGGCGACCCUCGUUGCCGUCCGCGCAUUAACCAUCCUCGUCUGGCGCGAGCUCACCGUUGGAGGAAAUCCCACUCGCACGUGGAUGUUCAACUGUAUGGCGGCGGCAUUGCUCCAGCAGCUUGGAGUCUUCGACUGGUCGCUUGAGACCAUUGAGAAGGAGCAGCAAAGCAGCAACUUUAGCGAGAAGUUGACAGCCUUCUGGGCCUUUUCCGCCGUGGACCGAAUCUGUGCUGCCCUGCUGGGACGCAUGUCCUCCAUCCCUUGGCGGCACAAUAUACAGAUUCCGCGCUUCUCCACGACUUUUAUCCCGGGGACACCCGUCACCAUUGAGAAUCUCUACUUCGAUCAUCUAUGGGCUCUGUGGAGGCUACACGGCUACUACAUGAACAUCCUGUACACGCCUCGGUUCGCGACCAUGCCCGAGUCUGAACGGCAAACUCUGCGUCUUGACUGCAAGCAAGCCAUCGCGAACCUCCGAGGCCUGAUCGAUCCUCGCGUCAAGCUGGGCUCUGACCGUAUAGCCCAUCACCCAUUCCUUUACUUUCUCCAGAUGGCCUUUGACACUUCGCCCAUCACGUUAAAUCUACCGUAUCUCGGCCGUGGCGGCACCGAGCAGGACGAAAUACUCCAGGAAAUGACCGAGGCCGCUACAUCGCACACCGUCCUCCUCUCUCGAUUUCGGGAAUUCCACAAACUGACUGACUCGCCACCGGUCGUCAUCUACUUCACGGUGCGGGCCGCCACGAUACACCUGCUCCUCGCCACCUCGACAGACGCCACCGUCCAGCGGUUCUCCUGGCACCGACUAAAGAUCUGCCUGGAGAGCCUGCAGGACAUCCAGAGCAUGUGGCACUUCCAGGCCAGCCGCGCGAUAAGAUACAUCCAGAACCUGGCCACGAGAUGGGGCGUGACCCACGCGCUGGUCUCGACCCCGGGGCCUUGCUUGGCCUUUGACGGAGUGGGCGAGGGCUUGGGGGGCGCCGUCGAGACCGCGUCGGCUGAGAGCUACGACUCGAUCCUGUGGCAGGACCUCCCUCCCGCUGGUCUGGGCAUCAGCAACGCCGAGCUCGAGGCCAUGCACUGGGCCAUCAGCCAGGACAGCAGCUGGCAGCUGGUGGCUGAUAACCAUCCUUCGACAUCGUUCCAGUAG